GCUGCAGUAAAACAAUUCAUCGCCAUAACUCCGUCUCCCAACUUCCAACUUGAUGCUGAAACCAAAUUGUCGAUCGAUUAUCGGCAUGAAGCUUGCGGAGGCGCGUUUGUGGUGGACUGUGGUGGUAGUGAUCGCAUUAGGGGUGAUUCCUGCGGCGCGGGGGUUGUGGAUUGACUUGCCGAGUUCGGGGACGAAGUGUGUGUCGAACGAACUGCGCGACAACGUCGUGGUUUUGGCGGAUUACUACGCCUUUAUCGGCGAUGAUUACGACGCCAACAGUACUGUAGCUCCGGCAAUUUCCGCUAAGGUUACAUCACCAUUUGGAAACACUCUCCAUCAUCAAGAAAAAGUGUCGCAUGGUCAGUUUUCAUUCACUACAACCGAAAGUGGGAGUUACUUGGCAUGCUUUACAGGGGCUGACGAUCAUAAUGUUGGUAAAAGGGUGGUUGUUGGUAUUGACUGGAAAAUAGGAAUAGCAACAAAAGACUGGGAUUCGAUUGCUAAGAAGGAGAAGAUUGAGGGACUCGAACUUGAGCUGAGAAGGCUUGAAGACACGGUGGAAGCUAUCCACAAGAACCUGUAUUCUCUGAUACAAUGGGAAGAGGAGAUGAGGGGCGUAAGUGAAAAAACAAAUGCCAGAGUGGCACGAUGUAGUAUCAUAUCCCUAACCAUCUGCAUUGUGGUCUCUGUUCUUCAAGUUUUGUUUCUGAGACGAUACUUCCGGCAGAGGAAACUUAUCUAGGCCUUUGCACAGGUUAGCCUUAAUUACUCGUUAUCUAUUGUAACCAGUUAUUAAUACCAUGAAAAAUUAUUGAACUAAAUAAGCUUCUUACGCUUCCUUAUUGCAUCAAAUUCAACUCUAUGAAAUGUAUGUACAAAUAUUGCUUACUUCUUUACCCUAUAGGAUGAGAGAAUAAAUGCUAUGAUGAUAUAUAUGUUAUUUUGAUUAA